AUGCCGUCGGCCAUGGCUUGUUCCCUGGCCGGGCGAGCUCCGGCGGUCCUCCGACACGGUCGACGAAUGGCUCUGCCCGUCCGCAGCUUCACCAGUCUGACCGCCGCCUCCAAGAGCUUCACGCCGGCCCAGUCACAGCUUGCGCAGGCCAGGCUCAACCAGAAGCGUCUGUUCCAGUCCGCCGCCGUGCGCCUCAACGUUUCGCAGCAGGCUCCCAACCCCAAGGCGUACCUCGAGAGCGGUGUCAUCAAGCCCAAGGAGCUUGUUGACGUGAAGAAGGUCCUGGUCAUUGGCAGUGGCGGUCUCGCCAUUGGACAGGCCGGCGAGUUUGACUACUCAGGAUCGCAAGCUCUCAAGGCCCUCAAGGAGGCUGGCGUCGCCUCUGUCCUUAUCAACCCCAACAUCGCUACCAUUCAGACCAACCACUCGCUCGCUGACGAGGUGUACUAUCUGCCCGUCACCCCAGAAUACGUCAGCUACGUGAUCGAGAAGGAGAAGCCCGAUGGCAUUUUCCUGUCCUUUGGCGGCCAGACGGCGCUCAACCUCGGUGUGCAGAUGCAGCGCCUCGGUCUCUUUGAGAAGUACGGCGUCAAGGUCCUCGGUACCAGCGUCAAGACGCUCGAGACGAGUGAGGAUCGUGACCUCUUUGCCCGUGCGCUUGACGAGAUUGACAUCCCCAUCGCCAAGUCCAUUGCCGUCGGCACCAUCGAGGAGGCCCUCGAUGCCGCCGAGAAGGUCGGAUACCCCAUCAUCGUCCGUGCCGCCUACGCCCUCGGUGGUCUGGGCUCGGGUUUCGCCAACAACGAGGAGGAGCUCAGGAAUAUGGCCGCUCGCUCCCUGACCCUGUCGCCUCAGAUCCUGGUCGAGAAGUCCCUGAAGGGCUGGAAGGAGGUCGAGUACGAGGUCGUUCGUGAUGCCAACAACAACUGCAUCACCGUGUGCAACAUGGAGAACUUUGACCCGCUCGGCAUCCACACGGGCGACUCCAUCGUCGUGGCCCCGAGUCAGACCCUGAGCGAUGAGGAGUACCACAUGCUGCGUUCGGCGGCCAUCAAGAUCGUCAGGCAUCUGGGCGUCGUGGGCGAGUGCAACGUCCAGUACGCCCUCCAGCCCGACGGCCUCGACUACCGUGUCAUUGAGGUCAACGCCCGUCUGUCGCGUUCGUCCGCCCUCGCCUCCAAGGCCACCGGCUACCCCCUCGCCUACACGGCCGCCAAGAUUGGUCUCGGCCACACCCUGCCCGAGCUCCCCAACGCCGUCACCAAGACGACGACGGCCAACUUUGAGCCCUCGCUCGACUACAUCGUCACCAAGAUUCCCCGAUGGGACUUGUCCAAGUUCCAGCACGUGAAGCGCGACAUUGGCAGCGCCAUGAAGUCCGUCGGUGAGGUCAUGGCCAUCGGCCGCACCUUUGAGGAGUCCUUCCAGAAGGCCAUCCGCCAGGUCGACCCCAAGUUCGCCGGCUUCCAGGGCGACCACUUUGAGGACCUCGACUUUGAGCUCCAGAACCCCACCGACCGCCGCUGGCUCGCCGUCGGCCAGGCCAUGCUCCACCACGACUACUCUGUCGAAAGGGUCCACGACCUCACCAAAAUUGACAAGUGGUUCCUCUACAAGCUCGAGAACAUUGUCAACAUGACCCGCGAGCUCCAGGACGCCGGCGGCCUCGGCGCCCUCACCAAGGACCAGGUCCUCCAGGCCAAGAAGCUCGGCUUCUCCGACAGGCAGAUUGGCAACGCCGUCAAGAGCACCGAGGACGAGGUCCGCGCCGUCAGGAAGAACUUCGGCAUCCGCCCCUGGGUCAAGAAGAUCGACACCCUCGCCGCCGAGUUCCCCGCCGACACCAACUACCUGUACACUACCUACAACGCCUCAUCCCACGACGUCACCUUUGAGGAUAAGGGCACCAUCAUCCUCGGCAGUGGUGUCUACCGUAUUGGCAGCUCCGUUGAGUUCGAUUGGUGCGCCGUCAGCGCCACUCAGGCCCUCCGAGAGAUGGGAAAUAAGACGAUCAUGAUCAAUGUAAGUUUGAAACAUGUUACCCAUGCAGCAUUUGAUUCCAUUGCAUCCCAUGUCUCUACUUUGCUCUUUGCACAGUGGAUGCCACCAUGUGUGGCGCAUGGGAAAUGUUGCGGCUCUGCACCGCACCGCCCGCAUCGCCUGCCUAUGCUAACUCGCAAAAAGUACAACCCCGAGACCUAUAGCACCGAUUUCGAUACCGCGGACAAGCUCUACUUUGAAGAGCUCUCGUAUGAGCGUGUGAUGGACAUCUACGAGCUCGAGUCGGCAUCCGGUGUCGUUGUGUCCGUGGGCGGCCAGCUUCCCCAGAACAUCGCUCUCCGCCUCCAGGAGACCGGCGGUGCCAACGUUCUCGGAACCGACCCCAAGGACAUUGACAAGGCCGAAGACAGGCAGAAGUUCUCUGAGAUCCUCGACAGCAUUGGUGUUGAUCAGCCAGCCUGGAAGGAACUCACAUCUGUGGCUGAAGCCGAGGCAUUCGCCACAGAGGUUGGGUACCCCGUCCUCGUCCGCCCCAGUUACGUUCUUUCCGGUGCUGCCAUGACCGUCAUUCGCAGCCAGGAGGAUCUCAAGGACAAGCUCGAGGCCGCCAGCAACGUCUCCCCCGACCACCCCGUCGUCAUUACCAAGUUCAUCGAGGGCGCUCAGGAGAUCGACGUCGAUGGGUGUCGCCUCUGA